GGCCAGGGAGGCUUCUGUGGGAUUUACCCUGUUGGGGUUGACUGGCGCUGAUACCUAAGAAAUGGGAGGGUUGGACAAUUGAGAAGUUGUGUAGGGUGCCGGAGCGAGAGUCGGUGGUAGCCAAAUGGGAUGUAGGAGAAGAGAUGGAAUCCCAAACACAAUGUAACUGCAUUUCACAAGACAGAAGACCCAGGUCUGGGGGCGAAUCCAGUCGACCUGCUAGGACUAACUUAGUAGCGGAGACUAAGAAAUUAUGUGAUGUCAACCCUAGCUGUGCAAAGUCCUAUCCUGUGCACUCCAGAGUAAAGACACCUCUUGAAAAUCGUGUUCCCCGAAGGCAGACAUGUGGCACCAGUUUUUUGGCAAAGACCCUCACUGAGCACCAGACUCGCCUCAAUAAAUGCCUGAGUUCUGGAACCAGGUUUGCCCAAAGUUCAAAAGGUUCUCCUCAGCCAUCAACAUAUCUUAUGAUUCUAAAUGAACUUUUCAAGUCAGAGAGGCUAACGAAAUUAGAGAACAAGGUAAAAAACAAGACAAUCGAGGCACUGGAGAGCCUGGGCAGGAAAAUAGAAGGGGCCAGGCUCCAGCAGGAGUGCCAGCUGCAAGGCAGCAGGCUGCUGCAGCACGAGGCCCUCUGUGUGAAAGCUGAGGAGAACUUCUUCUUGAGAGUCCUAGGGAAGCAAAAUGAGCAGUGUAAAAAGAAAUACUGCCAACUGUGGAAUGGGUACAUUCAGGAAUGUGGGAAGAUUAUUAGAAGGAAACAAGAACUGAUGCUCAGCUUCACCAAGCAAACCAAGGAGCUUCAAACACAGCUCUUGCAGGGAAAAGUCAAGCAGUCCCACUUGGGGCAGCAAUUUCAGUCAAUGGAGCACAUUUCCUCCAUACAGAAGAGCCAGGAGAAGAAAAUCCAGAUGUUAGAGAAGGAGCUGGAGGACAUGAAAGCUGAAGCUAUUCAGAAGGACCGCCAGGCACACUUGCAGUUCCUGCAGCAAAAGAAACACCUAAUGAGACAGAUACAGGAGCUACAGUUGCUGCAGGCAGGAGACCAUGACACCCCGAGAGUUAGGCAGAAGGCCCAGCUCUUCAAGUGCACAGCCAAGAAAGUAAAUUCAGAAUUUUCCAUUAGUGUCUGCAGAGAGAACCAGGAGUUACAGGAGGACCUAUUGAAGCUAAUUCAGGAGUACCACAAGCUAGAGUCUAUAAAGCGGAAGCUAGAGAUGUGGAAAGAGUGGCUGAAGGAGGAACGGUGGUAUCAAGAAGCCUUAGUUAGGGGGAGAGGACAGCUUAAGGCAAAGAGGGAGAGAAGUCAUACUUGUGACCCUUGCCCCUCAAACAAGGGUGUCCUGAGGCCACACUGAAUCAUCCUUCUUGCAGCAAAUCAAGAAUAAAUGCAAUGUAGUUUAUUUAUUAGCCAGAAAAAUAAGACUCAGAAGUACUAGGUCCCAACACUGUCUUAGUCUACUGGGGAGGCUGUUGGAUGGCCAGUAACACUGGGCCAGCUUGGAAAGAUCACUGAGAUUGUUCAUGAUUCUUCCAUGUCCUGAUGGAGCACUCCUGGGCAACAUGGGGUCAUUGUCAUAAACACCAGUAUUCAAUAAACACCAGUAUAAUAAAA